UCUUGAUCGAAGCAUUGCCGCUGAUAAAUAUCUUCUCCUCUUCUCUUCUCUCUCGUUCGUCUUUGGAUUCCUCUGCAAAUUUUCUCUCUCUAGAAUUUUCUCUGCGCGAAUCUGUCGGUGUUAGAUCAUGGAGAUGGAGCGUGUCGUCGAGUUUCCACACACGCACAUGGAUCGUCGGCCCCGAAAGAGGCAGCGAUUGGGUUGGGACAUUGCUCCUCAGAGCCCUAGGGCUCAGGUAGAAAUGUUUUGUGGACAAGAGAUUAAGGAUAUGAUGAGCAUUGCAUCUACAAGGGGUCCCUCAGACCUUGUUAGUUCCUCUUUAUUUGUUAAGGAAGUGGCUCGAACUGGUUCUCCCCCGCCGCGAGAUGAUGACAAAGAUGGGCAUUACAUGUUUGAGCUUGGAGAAAAUUUAACUUCUCGCUAUAAGAUCCACGGCAAAAUGGGUGAAGGUACCUUUGGCCAGGUUUUGGAAUGCUGGGACAGGGAAAAUAAGGAAAUGGUUGCCAUAAAAAUUGUUAGGGGCAUGAAGAAAUAUCGCGAAGCAGCUAUGAUUGAAGUUGAAGUUUUGCAACAGCUUGGAAAACAUGAUAAGGGUGGCAGCCGUUGUGUGCAAAUAAGGAACUGGUUUGACUAUCGUAACCAUAUCUGUAUUGUUUUUGAGAAGCUUGGACCAAGCUUAUACGAUUUCCUACGGAAAAACAAUUAUCGCCCGUUCCCUAUUGAUCUUGUCCGUGAGAUUGGCAGACAACUAUUGGAGAGUGUAGCAUUCAUGCAUGAUCUGCUCCUUAUCCACACUGAUUUGAAACCUGAGAAUAUUCUACUAGUGUCUCCGGAAUAUGUUAAAGUCCCAGAGUACAAGGUUACUUCACGAUCACCGAAGGAUGGUUCCUACUACAAGCGAGUCCCAAAAUCGAGUGCCGUUAAAGUGAUCGACUUUGGCAGCACAACUUAUGCUCGCCAGGAUCAUCAGAACUACAUUGUAUCAACUCGUCAUUAUAGGGCACCAGAAGUUAUUCUGGGGCUUGGAUGGAGUUACCCAUGUGAUGUUUGGAGCAUUGGUUGUAUCAUAGUGGAAUUGUGUACGGGUGAAGCAUUGUUUCAAACCCACGAGAACUUGGAACACCUUGCCAUGAUGGAAAGGGUACUUGGUCCACUCCCCCAGCACAUGCUAAAGAGAGCAGACCGUCAUGCCGAGAAAUACAUCAGGAAGGGGAGAUUAGACUGGCCGGAAGGCGCAACAUCAAGAGAAAGUAUUAAGGCCGUUCUAAAGCUCCCACGGCUACAGAACCUAAUCAUGCAGCAGGUAGACUAUUCGGCCGGGGAUCUAAUACAUCUACUGCAAGGGCUGUUAAAAUACGAUCCUUCGGCGAGGCUAACGGCAUGGGAGGCCUUGAAGCAUCCCUUCUUCACAAGGGAUCCUUUGAGGAGGUCGCGAUCAUGAUUCCUGAGGCGAUGGUACAGUUGUUUGGUGGCUGCUGCUAGCUUCAAAGGAAAUUCUGCAGCAAUGCCGGUAGAUAGGGGUCAUUGAAGAUGUGAUGGCUCAUCUUGCACAGAUGGCUCAUCUUGAGAGUUGACGUAGUUUGUGUAAAUACCCUUCUUUGUUAACAAGUAGUUGCUAAUUGUUAUCUGGAAAACGAAGAAAAAAAAAGUUGUGCGAUGCCAAUGGUGAAUUGCUAGCUGUAAUUUAUUAUUGAUUUUUCCGUCUAUUGUGCAAUUGCAAUUGUGGGUUA